CCGCUGUAGGGUUUGCAGCCAUGGAAGCCUUCAAGUCUCCAAAAAGACCGGCCCCCAGGGAGAAACCUGAGGGGGGACCAGUUUCUGUCACCAUCCCAGCCUCUCCCUUCAUGCAGAAGCUGGGGUACGGCACCGGGGUCAACGUCUACCUGAUGAAAAGAUCUCCCAGGGGUUUGUCUCGCUCCCCGUGGGCCGUGAAGAAAGUCAAUUCCCAAUGCAACAAGAGCCAGCAAAGCAUCUACCAGCAGAGACUGAACGAAGAAGCCAAGAUCUUGAAAAACCUCCAGCAUCCCAACAUCGUGGGUUACCGGGCCUUUACCGAGGCCAACGACGGGAGCAUGUGCCUGGCCAUGGAGUACGGAGGAGAAAAAUCCCUCUGUUACUUACUGGAAGAGAGACAGGAAAAAAAGUUGGGCCCUUUCCCCGCCGCCACCAUCUUCAAAGUGGCCUUGAGCAUGGCCAGGGGGCUGAAGUAUCUUCACAACGAUAAGAAGCUGCUCCACGGUGAUAUCAAAUCUUCCAACGUGGUGGUGAAAGGCGAUUUUGAAACUGUCAAAAUCUGUGACGUGGGGAUGUCCCUGCCCCUGGAUGAGAACAUGACCGUGAGCAACCCGGAGCUGUGCUACGUGGGCACCGAGCCCUGGAAGCCCAAGGAGGCUCUGGAGGACAACGGCGUCAUCACCGACAAGGCCGACAUCUUCGCCUUCGGGCUGACCCUCUGGGAGAUGAUGACCCUCUCCGUGCCCCACCUCAACCUGGACGAUGACCUCGAGGACGAAGACGAAUCCUUUGAUGAAGACCACUUUGAUGAGGAAGCUUUUUAUGCAGCCCUGGGAACCCGCCCUGCUCUCAACAUGGAAGAACUGGAUUCAUCCUACCAACAGAUGAUCGAUCUCUUCAUAGCCUGCACCAGUGAGGACCCCAAAAAACGUCCCUCGGCCGCCACCAUCGUGGAAUCCUUGGAGGCAAGUUUGGCCCAGGAAUAAAAGCAUCCGAGCUCCCCCACUUGUGCCAUGGAGUUGUGUUAUAGCUGCUUUUAAACCUUUUUCUCUCUCUUUGUGUUGAAUUUACAGGUGAUUUGUGCCUGAGAUGUUAAAAAUAAAUAUUUUGUAUUCAUCUCAGUGUGAAA